CUAUCGGUCAUCGACGUUUCGCGAGUUAAAAAAAUAAUCAAAAUUAAUUUAUAAAGCACAACAGUUUAAACAUAGGAACAAAUAAUUAUUUUAAACUUAUCAGCACAUUGUUUAUUUAUUAAUAAUUAUAUUUAUUUAACAAUAAUAAAUCAUUUUACUCAUUUAUUAUUCACUUCGGGCGACCAUAAUACCAGUUAUUGAUUCACGAGUCAUUACAAUUUACACUGCCAAAUACUAGUUUAUUAUUUAUUUUAUUAAUUCAACGUUCUAUAUAUUUUUUUAAUAAUUUAUACUAAUUGUUAAUUCAUUAAUUUAUUUACUACUUCUAUUUUUUUUGUUAAAAUUAUUGUUUGAUACGACAAAAUAAAAGUAAAUAGAAAAUUUGAAAUCGAGUAAUUAAAAAAAAAAAAAAAAUGAAAAUUGGAUUGCUGGGAAAUUUCUUGCAUUGUUUCAAUCUGAAACAAGGCACUGUCUUAAUUGCCAUCUUACAAUUAUUUGUAUCUGGGAUUAGUAUGACUUUCUUCUUGUUGGCUUUGGCACACGCGAUGGACAUUCAAGAAAUGGUUGCCAGAGAUUCAGAAGAGGCACUUGAACGUGAAGCUAUGGAAGCUAUAUCAUCAAUGCAUCAAAAUACUAAAAGAAUGGAUAUUGCCCAUCACAAUGCAACAGAAAAAGUAUAUUCUAUGUAUUGCGGAUUAGUUAUCUCAGUAAUACAUUUUAUAUCAACUAUAUUACUGCUUUAUGGAGUUUUAAUUAAUAAUCGUCAUUUUAUGGCGCCUUGGAUGAUGGUAAUGAUGACAACGAUUGUUGCUCUGUUUUUAUCAUUGUUCCUUGUACAACAAGACUGUCCUUUUAUUGCAAUACUUGGUGGUAAAGCUGAUAUGAUUGAACGGAUCGCGGUUCUAUUUUUAAUAACAAUAUUUUUAUACAUUUGGUUUGUGGUAUACAGUACUUACAAGAGUCUAGAGAUUAAAAAAGGAGGAAUAACACAUGAAAUUCAUAAUGUGAAGAAAAAUAAAUAUGCUUUAACACCUGGCGAAGGCACAAGUAAUGGAAAAGUACGUUUACAUUCAGGUACUCAAAUUCCUUAUGAAGUUUAAGACAAUACUUAUUUAUAAAAGUAAUAAUAAUAAUAAAUAUAUCAAUUAAAAAAAAAUAUUCAUGUCAAAAAAAUUUUUAAUCCUUUUGGCUACUCGUGUGAUUUUUUUUCUGUUAUUAAAAUCAAAAUAAACGUUAAGAAAACAACUUAAAUAAAUAAUAAUUUUCUGGAGUGAAUUAAUAAAUAUAUAUAUAAAUAGAAAAGUAGAAUGGAAAACUUUGAUACGGAAAACAUAAAACGUAGAGACACAUAAUUGCAUUUAAUUAAAUAUAAUUAAUCGAUCGUUAUCAAUAUUUAGAUAAAUUGUAAUCGUGGUACAGCUAUUCUGCUUCUAUUAUCUUUUUACACGAUAAAAAAUUAAUUGUAAUGAUAAUAUUAAUAAUUAAAAAUACAGUCAAUCGGAUUAAUUUGUCCAUUGAGUACAAAAAUGUGUUCUUCAUAAAAUAAUUUUAGGCUUAAGAUUUUUUCACGUAACAAAACAAAUAAAUAAUAAAUAAAUAAAAAUAUAAGAUAUUGAGGUGUAAUUUAAAUAUUUAAAACAAAUUUAUUUUUGUUUUGUUUCAUUUAAAAGAGUUAUUGUAAUUUAAUUUUUAAAUUAAACAUAUUUGUGUAUUUUCAAUGUGAUUUAAACUUAAAAAAAGCCUGCAAAAAGUGAAUUAGCUUCUCGUCCAUCUUCUUCUACUUCUUCUAUGACUUAUUGUUAUUGUUCUGUAUGUGUAUUAUGGAUGUGCGAUAUAUUUAUUAAUAAAGCUUACAAUGUCUAAUAUAAGAAUUAUUUUUAUUUAAUACCUGUCAGUAUUAAAAAAAAAAAAACUAUUCAU